AAGUGUCUCGGCGUUGACUGUUUUAAAGAAAAAGAUGUUUAGAAAAAGUCAGAACCUAAAAUAUAUAUUAAGUCUUGUACCUGGAAAAAGACGUUUUGGGACGUACAGGUUUUUGCCCUUGUUCUUCUGUAUCGGGGGCGUCAUGGAGUGGACCAUGAUUAACGUGAGAAUAGGAAGAGAAACGUUUUAUGAUGUCUACAGAAGAAAACAAUCGGAGAGAGAAUACCAGCACAAGAUCGAAGAGCGCUUUGUGCUCACAGACUCUGAAGCCAAAUGAGAUCUUCAGAACACACUGGAAAUAAAUGAUCGUCACAUGAUAAAGAGACUUGAGACUUUUGCACAUUAACACACUUUUGAUAUCAUUAAAAAGUGGGUAUAUUAUUAUACAUAAACUGUAGGGCAGUUGGGACAUCAUGGACUGUUUAUGAGGACAAAAUGAGGUGCAGAAAUCUUCCAGUGUUCGUUUCUUUUAAGAAGAUGGAAUUUUUUUGUAUUGUCUAAGAGAUAAAGAUGGCUAUUUACACACACAAAAA